AUGGAUUUACUGGAUCGCCUGUCAGCAGGUGUAGGAGCCGGAGUAGAAGCAAGGUUAGGAGUAGGAGUUGGGAUAGGAAAAGGAGUAGGGCAAGGGAGGAUGCGUAAGCUUAGGUGCAAGGGAAGGUGCAGGCACGGGUGGGUCAGGUAUCGGCGUUGGAAAAGGGGUAGGAGCAGGCAUAGGGGAAGGAGAAGGCUUAGGCGAAGGGGAAGGGGGGGAUUUUUGCGAAGGAGGAGGCUUACGCCUAGGGGAAGGGGGAGGCUUAGGCUUAUGCGGAGGGGGAGGCUUAUGCUUAGGGGUAGGGGAAGAGGGAGAUUCAGGCGAAGUGGGAGGGCAAGCGGGAGAUUCUGGCGAAGGGGAGGCUUAGGCUUAUGCGGAGGGGAGGUUUAUGCUUAG